AUUUUAGAAAUAAAUUUUAAAAACAAAAAAGUUAUUGGUCCAUAUUUUUCAAACCACGAGAUCCUGAUGUUAUUUGGCCAUAUAUCUUCUGCUGUCCCCGUACAAAACCCCUUCGAACCACCGGCGAACUGAAGAGUCAAGUCAAACCUCUCCCACCUACCCGCGACGUUUUUAAACCCCGGAAAAACUUCCGCUCGAUCCCGGAAAGCCCAAACCUCUCUCCGCCGGAGCAAACCAUGGAUAUGUCGGCCGUGAUCUUGGGCGCUUCGUCCACACCCCUUGCUCCUGCAAUUUCCCUCCGCCGCGUCUCCCUACCUCCGGCGAGUGUCCGCCACAGGCGCUUCGCCGUCAGAGCUUCUGUCAGGUCCAACCAGAUCCCUAUGAUCUCCACCUUCAAAUCCGCCGGCGUCGCGUUGAUUUUCGCCGCCGUGACCCUCGGGAAAUUCCCGCAGGCGCCGAUUGCCAGGGCGGAAGCGCAAACCCUAACCGUCGCGGAAGAGCAGCCAGAAGCGACGGUUUCGGAAUCGGAGGCGGAGAAAGCAGAUUCGCCGACUACGGAAUCCUCGGAGUCCAGCGAAGAGUCCAUUGAAGCCUUGAGCAAGCUUCUCCAGCAGAAACUCGAGGCCGGCGAGGACGAAGAUGGCCUGAAAUUGCUGGACAAAUUGGCCGAGGCCCAGCCCGAGAACCGCGAGUGGAAACUAUUGAAGGCCAGACUGUACAACGAAAUGGGUAAAAUCCAAGAAUCCAGAUCCAUUUUCGAGGAAAUUUUGUCCAAAAACCCCCUCUGGUUCGAAGCAUUGUUUGAGAACGCAUUACUAAUGGAUAAAUGUGGAGAGAAGGACAAUGUGAUCCAUAGAUUGGAAGAAGCAUUGCAGGUUGCCAUGGAGGAAGGCAAGAGCAAGGAAGCCAGGGAUGUUAGAUUCAUCAUGGCACAAAUGAUGUUCUUGCACAAGAAGGUUGAAGAGGCUCUGAUGAGCUACGAAGAACUCGCGCAAGAAGACCCCAAAGAUUUCAGGCCAUAUUUUUGCAAAGGGAUGAUUUACAGUCUCCUUGGCAGGAAUGAGGAGGCCGUAGAGCAGUUCAAGAAGUACCGCGAGCUUUCCCCCAAGAAAUUUGAGGUGGAAGGGUACUUGAGGACGCCAUUGUCGCGCUUGAGGAUGAUUGGAACAGACGAGUAAAACGAAUCAAUGAUGAUGGUUUCAUGGUAAGAAGAAUAAAUCUUGUAUUGGUAGUUGAUGAACCAGACAUGUCCUUGAAGAUCAGGUUUUUGAAAGUUUUAUAAGCACAAAUUGAACAUUUGUUUGUCACUUCAUAGUGUACUUUGAGUUUUGUCACAAUUAAUACUAUUUUUGUAU